AUGGAGCUGCUGCAGGAGUGGGCGGAGAGGAAGGCUGCAGAGGCAGGGGAAAGGGAAGGCCAGCAUGGGGCCAGUCGAAUAGGCGUCCCCACUGGCAAGAAGCUGCACUUCAUCAUCCGUCGCUUUCUGCAUGAGUUUGGCCGCCUGGAAGCCGAGAACGCGGCAAUGCAAGUGAUGCAGGGCUCUCGGCCUCUGCACCAACCAGCAGCAGCACGAGCGCCAGACCCAUCUGCUGCUGCUGCCGCUGCUGCUGCUGGUGGUGCAACGAAUCGUGGUGGCGUGCACAGAAGGAGGCGAAUCUCGUUUGGAGGAGAUGGGGAGGGCGAGGAGGAUGGCGGGCUGUUUGCAUGGCUGUGGGAGCAGUACCGGCGCCGCCUCGUGCUCAACAAAGCCGUCGACUUCUCACAGUUCGCCCCCAAGGCGGUGAAGCUGCUGCACGCACAUCCAGAGAUACUCGCGUCGAGCAGCACGCGCAGCAGCGGGGAGAACGUGCCUAGCAGGGCGCGCACUGCUGCAGUCGCAGCCUCAUCCAGGAGCCACCUUCUUGUGUCGCAUGUGCUUGGUACAGCUCUCGCCACCUCUUUGUCCUCCAUUGCACCUCAGCUUCCGAUUCCUGAUUAUCAACGCCCGUCCCAUACUCAAUACCCAGUCCUGCUCUCUGUCUCCUCUGUUCCUCGCCCCUUGGACGAGUUUCAAGACACCGACAGCUGUCAGAUGGAGCUGCUUCUGCUGCUCUGCCGCCCGCUGCCGUCCGCACCGACCCUGACCCUCGUGGCUGACGACGACCAGCAGAUCUACUCGUUCCGCGGCGCCAUGGGCCUGCCGAACCUGCGCCGCUUCCUCCGAACCUACCCGCAGGCUCGGACGGUCUGCCUCGACCAGAACUUCCGAAGCUGCGGCUCGGUGGUGGAGGCCGCCCGCCAUGUCAUCGCGCACAACCAAUGGCGGCACGCCAAGUGGAUGGUCACAGCAGCACCAGUGGGGCCGCUUGUCUCUUUGUGCGAGUGCAGGACGGAACGAUGCGAGGCGGCAGCCGUGGUCGGCAAGAUUUGUCAUCUUGUGGGGUCGUGCGGGGUGCCCGCGAAUCAAAUCGCGAUUUUGUACCGUGUUCAGGCCGUGGGAAAGGUGAUGCGGCAGUAUCUGAUGAGUCACGGGAUAAAGGUGUCCACAGCAGCAACAGGAGGAGGGGGAGCAGGGCUUGGGAGUGCAGGAGGAGGGGGAGGAGCAGGAGGAGGGGGGGAGUGGGGAGCAGCAGAGGAGGAUGGGGUUGCAGUAGCUGCAAAUGGCUUUAUAGCAGAUGGGGGUAACGGUGCCAUGGCUGGUGCUAGGGGAGGAAGGGGGACGGGGACAGUAGGAGCGGUUUUCCAUGAUAUCCUAGCUCUCAUGCGAUUGGCUGCCAAUGAGUCGGAUGACGUGGCGUGCAGGCAGGUCCUGCGCUUUGUGUGUCCACCGCCCACCCGCCAGGUGGCGAUCUGUCUGCGUACGCUACAGUGCUCCCCGCACCGCAUAUCCCUCCUUCCUGCCGCCCGUAUGACUCGUCUGCACCUCCUCGGGAUCUCCCGCUGUGCCGCCCUCUCCAACGUGUCUUCCACCAAUUCUGGUGCUUGUAACGGAUCGGCAGGCAACAGCAGUGCUUAUAACGGAUCACACUCUACCCAUGCACACAGCGCAGCCGACCCUGCAUGGCCCCACACGCUCUCACCAGACGACAUGGAGGUCCUAGAGGGGAUAAGGAAGGUGGCAGCAGCAGUAUCGGAGCUGCAAGGCCUCCUGGGCAUCCCCCCUCCUGGUUGGUCUUCUACCCCUGCUCCUGCCUCCUCUACUCCUGCCGCUGCUCCUUCCUCGUUUGCUUCUGCCGCUGCGUCGCGCCCCCCUGCCAGCAGGAGGAGAGGCAGUUCUGCUGGAAUUAUGGGUCUGGGUGGUGGGCCCUCGCCCUUCCCUGCGCUUUUCCAAGGAGAAGGAGGAGGGGAGGAGGAGGAGGAUCGGGUGUCCUGUGAGGCGUUGGUGAGAUGUGCACUUCGGUUUGUAAGAGUAGUGAGGGGUGGGGAGGGGCGGAGUGGGGCGGGGGUGGGGGCGGAGGUGGUGGUACAGGGGGUGUUAGGGGGCGGGGAGGGAGGGGGAGUGGCCGGAGCGGUUGGGGGAGGGAGGGGGGGUGGUGGGACGGGUGGUGGUGGGUGGGUAAGUGGGCGUGGGUCGGGAAGUGGGCGUGGGGGACAGGGGGGAGGGGCAGGUGCGUUGGAUCCGGCGAUGUUUGCGGGGGUGAGAGCUCUUCUUGUGGAGGCUGCAGCUUUUGACAAGGAGAGGAGGCAGACACGACAGGCUAUGCAAGCUAGAGCAACGACUUCCACCCCUGUGAAAGACCGUUACAGUCCGGGCGGCAGCAGUGAGAGCAAGCAGGGCGGCAAGAGGCCAAGCUACGCCGACCUACUGCUGCAGCGUGAAGGAGUGGUGGGAAUGAUGGGCGGCGCGGCACAGGGAAUGAGGCUCGCCCGGUGGUCCAAUGCUGCAGGGACUAGCACCGCAAGGCAAGCUGAGUUUGAGAGACGGAUGGGGAGGCAAGGUGAAGUGGCCUCACACUAUCCUGGUGGUUAUAUUCGUGGUGAUGGUAAUGAUGGUGAGAAGGGCAGUGAAGAGAGGGAGGCAGAGAGGGAGGAGGAGGAUGGGGAGGGGGAGGAGGGAGAGGUGGUGGUUCAGUUUGUAGACAGAGUGAUGGAGAGAGUGCACGAAAGGGAGCUCGGCGUGGGUGUGGAGGAGGGAUUGGGAGUGGUGGGGGACGGUGCUGAGGCAGGAAGAGAGGGGUGUGAGCGUGAGAGUGGAGUGCGGCCCCUUCCUCCACUGCCUGCCAUGCCCCCUGACUAUGACGCUCAGCUGGAGGAGGAGGUGAGCUCCGAUUUCUGA